UAGACAGCCCGAGAGAGUGAGAGAGAGGGAGGGAGACUUGGGUAGACAGCCCGAGAGAAAGAGGGAGGGAGAGACUUGGACGGAGAGGUGAGCAUGGCAAUCCAGCUGGCUCGUGUCAGAUGCGUGACUCAUGCCCAUAGACCGCCUGCACCAAGAACCUGAGUGGUCGGGUCUAUAGCUGUUACAUUAUUUAGCAUCUUUACACUUUAGUUUUUAAGGUGAAUGUUGUUCUUAUACCACAAGAAAUGUAGAUGUUAAUCAUAACACUAUAGAAAAUUAUUCAUUUUCAAAAUUGUACCAAUGUCGCUCACACACCCUCCCUCAAUGCUAGCUCCUUCUUGAACAGCGUAGUCAUGCGUUGCCAUGACGUCACGCUGAUCAGCAGGGGCUACUGAGAGGUGGGAGGAGAGGGGGGGGCGGUUGCAGUUACAAUGACAAUACAGCAAUAUAAAACCAUUUUAGACCUAUAUGUUGCACAUGUAAUGUCAACAUUUCCCUGUGAGACUACACACACACGAACUGGGCUUUGGUUUUUAUUACUGAUCAGUAAACGUUUUGCUUGGUUGUCAUCCACAUUGCUACUGAUGGGGAUUCCCUCGCUGUGGUGAAUGUAAUAAAUGGAUAUUGCUAUGACAAAACCCCAAGCUAUACCCAAGCUAAAAAUAUGGUAUAAAGAUAUAAUUUGUCCAGCUCUAGUUGGUCAAAUUCUAGAGUUCUAGAAAUGUUCUGCUGUGUUUAUUCAACUGUAUCUCUGUCUAGCCAUUCCUUCUCACCUGCACAUUAGAAAUGUCAAGCCUGCUACACACACACAGACACGCACACAAGCACACGCAUGCACUGAGAAGCAUGUGCACGUGUAUUAAUAUACACAUGCAAGUAAACGACUGCUAUGCCAUUAGUAACUGCGUGUAUCUACGAAUGUGAAUUUCGUUUCUGGUGACAAUUUCAAAGUGUGCAAUUUCUGCGCAUGUUAGAGCAAGAGGGAGAGAGAGAGAUUACCAGUCAACCGUUCUCCUGGGCCAUAGUGUCAGGAGAUUAAGGCUGCACGUCAUGUGACUCCACUCAACUCCAGGCAUUGGCUGAGGCCAGCUGUGACCUCAGCAAACCCUACCCACAUUCCCGCUCCCCUCCACACACGCGUAUAUACACAUACACCUCCCCCUCCCCUCUCCCUCUCUGCCCCUCCCCUUUUUCAUCCCCUCACAAACGCGCAGACACACACACACACACACACAUUUCUCAGCAUCCUGGGGCUGGAGGUUGGACGAGCAGUAGCAGCAUCCAUGGCUUAAGCUCUGAUCAGCAGCUAGCCCAGCCUGCACCCACCCCCACCUCUCUCUCUCUCUCUCUCUCUCUCUCUCUCUCUCUCCCUCUGUCUCUCUCUCUCUCUCUCUCUCCUUCUCCCUCUGUGUGUGUGUCUCUCUUUGCCGGCCAUCUGACAGCCAACGUCUGGGGGUGUAGGAGGCUCUCUGUUAGCCAGGGCGUUAGCCACGCGCGCACACGCAUUCGUCUACCACACACACACGGCUAGCUGCUGGAUCAUUGGAAAUAGAGGAAUGCAAAUCUGCAACCAUGAUGGAAGGAUUGAAAAAACGUACCAGGAAGGCCUUCGGAAUGCGGAAGAAAGAGAAGGACAACGACUCAACGGGGUCCCCAGAAAGAGAAGGGGGUUUGACCAGCCAGGAGCCCCCAGAGUCUGACUUGUCCCAGAAGAAGUCCAACGGCUCUGCCAACGGCUUCAGUGGAGAGAUCGACUGGGAAAGAUAUAACUCUCCGGAGGUGGACGAAGAGGGCUACAGCUUGAGGCCCGACGAAGAGGAAGAAGCAGCAGCUGCCCCCAAAGUCAAGACCCAUUUCUUCUCCUCCGAUGAGUCCGAGGAAGACGAGGACCACCGCAAGAAGUUCAAGAUCAAGAUCAAGCCCUUGCCGUCCGACUGCCCCGUGGCGAUGCCCUCUGUAGACCAACUCAAGGCCUCCAUCUGCAACAUAGCCUUGUCCCCAUCGCCUCUGAGGAGUCCGAGACGUAGCCCGGGUGUGUUGCAACGGAACACCUCAGGUGAGGAGAUCCCAAGGCCGAGACGUCCCGUACCCAUUGUACCCGCUGUACCCACUGUGCCUGCUGUGGCCCCCACGCCAGCCCCUGUCCCCCAGCCCCCAAGCAGCCAGCAGACACAAGUACUAGAAGAUGCCACAGCGCUAUUCGGGCCUCCACUUGAUUCAGCCUUCGGGGAACAGAAAACUGAAGUGGUUCUGUUUGAGUCAGAUAUGUGGGGGGCUCCUCUGUCAGAACCUCUGACGAGACCCUUCCCUACAGGAACACCACCUCCACUUCCCCCCAAGAAUGUCCCAACUUCCCCACCUACGACCGGGCCUCCCUCACCAUUCGGUACUGAAGUGCCAAGCGAAGCUGAGGACUCCAUCGCCAAGCCCUCUUUCGCGGACUUGGACAACAUCUUUGGGCCUGAGGAGGGCUCCUCUGCUAUCGGGGAUGACACCGGCGACCAGUGGGUCUGCUUCAGUGAUAAAUCCCCAGCGAGACCAGCCCUUACGCAGGAGCCUACACCUCCACCACCCUCCUCCCCACCACCUCUUUCUGAAGACAAAGCCCCUACCCCACCAGCCUCCCCUCCUCUUCCAGAAGACCCAGUAUCUGCUCCACAGAACUCCCCUCCUCCUGAAGACCCAGCGCCACCUCCCCCCGCCUCCCCUCCUCCCCUGGACCCAUCACCUCCUCCGCCGACCGCAACAACGCCCCCAGCGGAAGCGGCGCCAUCUCUGCUUGCGGCAGAGUCUCCACCACCCCCGGGGGAGCAGCCACCUCCCUCUCCCCCAGCCCCGACACAAGAAGAGCCCUUGCCCCCCCUGCCAUGCUCUCCUCCCCCGUCAGAGGCCCCCGACUCCGUCUCCUCCCCCCCUGCAGACCCAGCUCCCUCCUCACCCUCCCCUCCACCUCCCGCCCCCCGAGAACCCACUCCUCCCCCGGCCACGUCGCCUCAUCCCCCCGCUGCGCCGGCCCCUCUGCUGCCCUCGCCCCCGGCCUCUUGCCCCCCCCAAGCCUCCGAUCUUCCCCGAGUGCCUGCUCCCGCCCCUCCUCCCGUGGCAGAGGCACUGGUGUGCUCCGUCCCGCCGCCCCCCUCUCCGCCGGGGGGACAUCAACAGCCCCAGAGCCCGGAGGCGGCUCCCCCCGAGCUGGCGCGGGACAAAGAAGGACCGAUUUCACCCAAAGAUCGCGGCGGUGCCAGCCAGGGAAGCCGGAGUACGCCUCCACCGCCUCCCCCGCCGACGUACCGCGCGGUGGUCUCUUCACCAGGCCCCACCUCCGGGGCCACGGGUACGGCCAGCGGCUCCUCCUCUCCGGUCAGGCCCUCCACCCCGUCGUCCGUCAGCCCAAGCCCCCCUCCGCCUCCUCCCCGGCCCCCAUCGCGACCUAAACUCCCUCCAGGGAAGCCCACCGCUGCCGGGGAUGUGGGUCGGCUGUCCAGCGCCCCCGUGCACUCGGCCAGCCCCCCGCCCAUCGCCCCCCUGGCGCGGGCCGAGAGCACCUCGUCCAUCUCCUCCAACAACUCCCUGAGCACCGCCACCACGCCCACCGUCGGUAAAGAGCUCUCCGUGUCCGUGUCAGAAGAGGAUGCUUAUGUAGACAAGCUACCAACGUUUGAGAGACACUUUGAUUCAUUGGCAGAGAAUGACCAGCCGUCCCUGGUAUGGUUUGACAGAGGGAAGUUUUAUUUAACAUUCGAAGGCUGUUCCCGGGGCCCGAGCCCUCUCACCAUGGGGGCCCAGGACACACUACCCGUGGCGGCUGCCUUCACAGAAACGGUCAACGCCUUCUUUAAAGGAGCAGACACCAACAAGUGCGUGGUGAAGAUCAUAGGCGAGAUGGUGUUGUCGUUUCCCGCGGGGAUCACGCGGCACUUUGCCAAUAACCCGUGUCCCGCCGUGCUAACCUUCAGCAUAACCAACUACAGCCGCCUGGAGCAUGUGCUGCCUAACCCCCAGCUGCUUUGCUGCGACACCACCACACAGGCCAAGGGCGAUGCCAAGGACUUCUGGGUGAACAUGCCAAACCUGAUCAGCCACCUGAAGAAGGUGUCCGAGCAGAAGCCUCAGGCCACCUACUAUAACGUGGACAUGCUCAAGUACCAGGUGUCGACACAGAGUCACCAGUCCACACCCCUGAACCUUGCCGUGAGCUGGAGAUGCGAGGCCGCCAGCACGGACCUCAGGAUAGACUACAAGUUCAACGGCGACGCAAUGUCCACCCCUAUGGCCCUCAACAACGUCCAGUUCCUGACCCCCGUCGACGGGGGCGUGUCCAAACUGCAGGCCGUGCUCCCCCCUGCCCAAUGGAAUGCGGAGCACCAACGAAUCCUUUGGAAAAUCCCGGAUAUUUCACAGAAGUCUGACAACGGAGGCGUUGGCUCGUUGCUGGCCCGCUUCCGGCUGUCGGAGGGCCCCAGCAAGCCGGCCCCGCUGGCCGUGCAGUUCACCAGCGAGGGGAGCACCCUGUCGGGCUGCGACAUCGAGCUGGCCGGGCCCGGCUACCGCUUCUCACUGGUCAAGAAGAGGUUUGCCGCAGGAAAAUACCUGGCAGACAAUUAAGUGAGGACGGCUAGUGAGAACACUACUACUGAACACUGGAACACUACAGACCCUCUCUGUGGAUUACGACUGGCCCGGAGGGAUAGAGGGCGGAUCAAAACACCACGACAGACAUGAUGGAUGCAUCCCCGCACCAACAAUACCACCACUACCACCACCCUUCGCCCCAUAUUGAAUCCCCUCCUUACGGAGUGAGACAAGGUCACGCAGCCUCACCCAGCAGUAUUGUAUAACUUGCAUAUAGCGUUGUGGUUUUUAGGUCAUGUGAUGAUAUUGUACCCGUACAAAACCUGUAUUUAAUUCAUGAACAUCGGUAUUGCUGUGCUGUCAGGACCCUCUCUCUCUCUGGUUUCACCUACCCUUUCUGUGAUCUGUCUCUCUCUAUCCCCCCCCCGCCCACAAACACACACACACACACAGUCCCACGCCCAGGUGUGUCCAUAAUGUGGUUGUGUGUUCUACUAAAUCACUGCAGCUGCCUCCCCAAGCGCCCCUCACACAGUCUCAGCCCUGUUCUUCCAGUGUAGAUUGCGCGACGCGAGGCGUGGUUGUGGAGCCUUGAAGGGAGACACUCGAUGCAGGUGUGGAAGACUCUGACAGCUCUAGUCCCGGGCCGCCCUGUCUGUAAUACUGACCAAGGCAGCCUGAGGUGACACUUUCGGGGCCAACACCGGAUGAGUUGAAUAAAACAGGUAAAAUAACAGCACUACAUUCAGUUAUGGCUCUGGCCCCCUCUGUGCUCAUCCACUGCUGUGGUCUGUCCAAAACUUUGCCAGCACAUCGAUGCUGCCAACUCUUAUGGUUUGACGCGUUGAGUCACAUAGAAACAUGAGAAACCGGCUCAAACUAUUCCUAGUGGUAAUACAGGGUCAAGUGGCGCUCGGUCUGGAGGAAAAUCCCCUCUAUGUAUUUUUAUGUUAUUAUAAAUGCACUGAGACCAAUAUAAAUGAUUAUUACUCUGAAGGAGCAUGCAGUCAGUGUUAGGCAGUUGGGCAGCUGCAAUGAUAAAGGCUAGUUUCUGGUCGCAAAGUAUCCAAUCGUUUUCCCAGAAGAAAUCAAAUGUACAAAGUGUCAUUUUAAAUCAAAUAAUAUAUAUGAAUAUAAUAUAUAUAGAUAUAUAUCUAUAUAUAUAUCCUAAAGGGCGUUUGGUGUUUUCCUUGUGUCGUCAGAUAGCCUUUCUGUUGUCCCCGAACAACAGCGAUAGACUCCAGAGUACAUUACAGCAUUCUAUUUUUAUUUAUUGAUGACGAAUUGUUGUAAAAAGUUCUUCUGUAUAUGAAUAGAGUUUGAAUGGAUCACACUUAAGAACCCUUAUAGGUAUGAAUAUUUGAUUCUCUUGUUUUGUUUAUAUGUGUAGUUGGGUAACCCGUGUACAGUAUAUAAGGUCUAAUUUUUUGAAUUUAUUUGAGAUAUAAUUUUUUUAAUCCAAGUGCAACAGAGGAUUUGAAAUAUAUAUAUAUCUAUAUAUAUAUAUAUGGGUGGAAAGAAAAUCUCACUGGAUGCUGUGUCAUGCUUCGUAUAAGCAGUGUUACUCCGAGUUAUUUACCCCGUGGGCAGGAUUAAACAUCAGACAUGGUCAGGACAACGAGGACAAAAUGUAACCAGUUUACAUUGUAGCAUGACUUCUUCUUCUAUGGUUUUUACCGCUGUACCAUGACUGGGACCAGAGUGUUUGCUGCGACCAGCUCAACCUUUAACUUCCACUAGCCGUAGGUCUGAAAGAAAAAGACAAUGCACCCGAAUUGACCUUUGCUCUCGUAAGCCUGGCCCAACAUUUAAGAUUUGAAGGGUUUUGAAAACCUCACCUCAUACAAACUUUGACCUUAUGUUGCCAGUCACAUGCCUGUUCCCACUCUGCGCUGGGCACCAGUGCGUCCUAGUCUAGGGCCGAGGCAGCAUGAGCCCACCAAGGAACCCCGAUCCCGCGCUUUGAAUCCAUGGCUUUAAUUAGCAUAAUGGUUAAUGGUCUCUGUGAGAUGACACGACGAAAGGACUGGAGGGACGGUUAAGCUGACCAAAAUGUUUUUGUUUUUGUAUUUUAUGUGUGUAUCCCCAGAUGGUCCUCUAUUAAAGACAAUAAGCUAAAUAUUUUUAAAAAUGGACAAAAAAAGAGGGAAUAAAACCUAUGAUGUUGUUUUAAUGUGAAUAACACUGUGCUCAUUUGGAACUUCCUGAACGCUCUGGUACUCAACGGGUUAAGAACAAAAGCGUAUGUUUGGACUUGAACUUCAGAGUCGAUGUACUGUAAGUGGGCUGCAUUGGUUUAUUUGUAUUUUUGCCAAGUGUCACCAUUGUCUGUACUAUGGAGUGGCCACAGUCGCGCCUUCGUUGGCGGGAUCUACACAAAAAUGCACCGACCACGACAACCAUUACAUACACGCGGCUUUUGUAUGACAUGGCUUAGCAUAACGUCGGCUCCUCUAUGCAAGUCACGGCUCCUUUCCUUUCAUUCAACCUUAUUAUUUGAAACAUUUAGCUAACCGGCAUGGUGGCUGUUGUCUGUUGGGUUUAGCCUGCUGGGGGGGGGGGGGGGGGGGGG